AAAUGGUUAAUAGGAAGACUUUCUUUUAAGUCAUUCCCUGCUUUUUUAUCAAUAGGUAUGGCAAAAUCAUCAUUAGUUACAUUAGUAGAAGUGAACGAGUCUUCGAGUGUUUCACUAACAACAGGUGUAUCAGACUCGUAGCUUAAUUUUGAUUGAUUACUUAUUUUCUCAUCUUUUUCCCGCUGAAUUUCAUUUUCUGAAUUUGAAAUUAUGUUCGUACUUUCAUUUCUUAUAAUUGGACUUAAAAUCGGCGUUGCUGAAAUUUCUGGAAUUGAAUUUGAUGAAACAAGUGAAUUUUCUUGGAACUCAUUAUUAGAAUUAAGUAAGUUAUUAUUUAAACUAGAAUCAGCAAUUAAUUUUGUAUAUUUAGUUAACUUUGACUCCAAAUUAAUUGUCUCAUUCGCGUCUAAUGACGCAAAAUUAGACACUACUAUAUCAUUAAUAGUUUCUGAAUUAUUAAUAAUUGGAUUAGAAUUAUAGUAAGAAUUUUCUAAAACAGUAUUAGAAAUAGUUAUUGGUGGAUCAUUAAUGUCUUUUUC